AUGAGCGGACACGAGGCAAUCAACCCUAUCCACCCUUCGAUGGUGGGCAAACUCGACCCGGAAUUUGAAAAGAUGUACAACGAGCACGUUGCCAACACCCCGAACCGUCCUAUUGAUCUUCCCAUGCUAAGAAAGAAUUACAAUAAAAUCUAUUCCUAUGGCACUGCUCCUGCACCAGAGAUCAAAAACAUCGAAAACAUUACGUUUCCAAGCUUUGAUGGCAAACAGGUCGCUCUACGAAUUUACCGGCCUAACGACUACUCAGAGUCUGAGAAGUUGCCUGUUCACCUCGAUUUCCACGGAGGCGGUGCAGCAGUUGGUGAUCUCGACACCGAGGCUCACAUUCUGAAAGAGUACGUCGCAAGAGCAAGAGUUGCCGUGGUGGACGUUGACUACCGACUGAUACCGGAGCACAACUUUCCUACCGGUGUCAAGGACUGCUUCGAAGCCACCAAAUACGUCUAUGAGCACGCGGACGAGCUUGGAUUUGAUAAAAAUUCCAUUUCUGUCGGAGGUGUUUCCGCUGGCGGCCACAUUUGUCUGUCUGUAGACCAUCUCUGCCGCGACAUUGGGCUCAAGCUGGUGCUGGUCUGUGCCGGUACACCGCAAAUUGCCGAUAUCUCGAGCGUCAAAACGGCAGCAGACUCUCCAUACCAGUCCAUCAAGGAGUGCGAGUUUGCCCCUACUCUAAAUUGGGCACGUUUGAAGUGGUUUGACGACAUCAAAUGGCAAUGGCUCGAGGAUUUGACCGAAGAGCAAAAGCAGAAGGAAUUGGCGGAAAUCGGAUGGCUGAGAGAUCUGAUGCUGGCUACAAAUUUCAAGGGAUUGACCAAAACUCUCGUCUUCACUGCUGGCCUGGAUCCUUUGCGGAGCGAAGGCCUCGAAUACGCCAAAAGGCUGAUGGAUCACGGGGUGGAGGUUGUGUACAAGUGCUACGAGGGCGUGCCACAUCCUUUCCAGCACAUGAACAAGAACCUCUGGCAGGCACGGGACUUCAUCUACAGAACGUCUCUGGAGCUGGCUCUGGCUCACAAAACUUUAACUUUUUAG